UGCAAUCUGAAGAUCUUCAACAACCAGCACUUCGCCUCCCUGCUGACAGAGAGCGUGAACAAGGGCUUCGAGGCAGUCUACGCACUCACCAAUAUGUGCACCAUCCGCAUCAGCUUCGUCAAGGGCUGGGGCGCUGAGUACAGGCGACAAACUGUAACCAGUACGCCCUGUUGGAUUGAAAUUCACCUGAACGGACCCCUCCAGUGGCUGGAUCGGGUGCUGAGUCAAAUGGGAUCACCGAAUCACCCCUGCACCUCUGUAAGCUAG